AUGCUGUCCUCUCGUCCGCCAAACCCAGGCGGCGCCGCUGUUUGUAAGAGCCAGAAAGACGACCCAAAGUGUAGGCUUUGUCAAAAGUCCCUGAUGAUCAAUGGAAUCAUUCAUCACGCUAACAACCUCUUCAAGUUGAAGCGCAGCAGCCAGGAUACUGAAACUCCAGCAGCGAGACUACAAAGACUGGGGGUUCCCAUCGAGAGAGACCCGACUCUCUCGGAUGUAAUAUGCCAGGCAUGUUACCGGCAGAUCCCAAGGAUGGAGAAAGUCCAGGCAACAUUGACAGCGUGGAAGGACAAAACUCCAGUGACUACAGAACCGAGCAGCCCAAGAAAUGCCAGAGGACUGACGUACACCACACCAAGCAAGUCACCGGCACACAGACAGCCACCACCAAGCCCGAGUGUCCGCGGUACGUCUACGAAGAGGCGGGGACUUACCUACACCCCAGGCAAGUCACCUGCAAGAAAGCGAUCAACUACGUCAACAAGAACGACGUCGAGCAGCGAGAACAUCCCUCCCCCACCGCAGAACAGCCACAGGGACAGUUUUCCAAGCGGUGGCGAUGCUACGAAAGUUGAGGUGCAUGUGCAGUUUCCUUCGGACAAGGUCCCAAGGGUAAAGAAGAUGGAGGGAGGAGUCAAGUCCAUUGUACAGCAACUAACAAAUGGAAAGUGGGGUGCCGCCGCAAGCAGCAUCCUGAAACACGAAGAGAUGACUGUAGCUUUGAGGGGUAAAGUUGCAGAGGCAAUUACACAGGAAGGGAAAAUGCUGGGAGCUGUCUCAGUACUUGGUCGGACGGCGCCCAAAGACCUCCUGAGCUUCAAGCUGGAGAACUUUGACAAAGAACUGAAGAGCCAUGCGCCAUGGCUAAACAGCUGUCUGCAGGGUGCAUGUGGGGACGACAGUCGCACAGCCAGGUGCACAGCUGCAUCUGUAUUACUUCGUGUGCGACACCCAAAGCUGUCUGCCAUUCAGUAUCGUAACAGCUUUGUAGCUUUGCAUGGCGGGGCUAAAAAAGUUGUCUACGAACGGCUGAACAAGCAGCAGCUUUGUAUGUCACACACGAUGACAUUGCAGAAGCAGACAGAGUUCGGCCAGGGAAGAGAUGACACAGUCCUCGCCUGGAAAUCUCACGUUGAAGCACAAAAGGAGACCGUUUCCCUCUUGAAUGCCCUCCGUGAAGAGUUACAGGAGCAGGAGCGGGUGGACAGGAAAGCCAGCCUGGACACAUCGGGAAAGAGCACAAUCAGUUCAUCAGACCUCCAGGACUUAGACUUCAGCUUCCAGACCUACGAGCCUCCACAACCAUCUAUGGACCUGGACUUGGGAGUGAUGCCGCUGUCUGAAGAGAAACCAACAGCUCCUGCAGUCACACUCACAGAGAUCCUAAACAGCAUCGCCGGGUAUAAGGAAGAAACCUACAAACUUGCCGAACAAGCCAUCAACAGCAUAACAGCACAAGACCAAGGACAUUCCCCCCUAGACAUAGUCAUCAAAGCAACCAAGACAGCAACAGAAACCCCUCUCAAAACCUACCAGAUCAUCAUUGACAAUGUUGACUUUACAAUAUCAGCAAAGCACCAAUCAUCCAGCAGCCUGAACCAGCUAAUUCAUUGGAUACAGCAGUACGGGGCACUUGACCGGUCACAGACCAGGGCUGGAGAUGACAGGCCACAGAAAUCACUGGACGACUUCCGGUUGGAGGAAGCCAUGCCCACUGAACAAGUCCAGCUGGACUUAAAGAGGGACUACACCAUCCUUGUUGUCAGAGAUCUAGUGAAGUACCUGGCCGCCUUCAAGGUGUUCAAGGAUGUCGUGGUGCGGCACAUCCCACACGAGUACUCUGCUGAGAUGGAGCAGCCUUCAGAGCAGACUUGGUUAGGGCUGCAGUUCAAAAAUGAGAACUUGAGCAAGGACAUGACGGACAUCCUGAGGACCAUUCAGACGAACUACGUCCCCUGUGAAGUCGACGAAGACGGCAACAUAACAGCCAUCGUGCAGCGAAUUCUGCUUGGUGGGGACUGGCUGACUGAAGAAAGGGCAGAGGGGGUCCAGGCCGCCUUCAAAGAUGGUGACACACCAGCAGAGCGACUGGAUGGAGUGCAGCCUAAGCAUGAGCUAUGGCACCAGACGAGGACCCUUUGCGUGACCUACAACGACAUCUUCGACAAAAAUUCAGCUGGAGACCGCGCUUCACUACGUGCCAACAUGAACGUCAUCGGUGCAUCCAAUGCCAGGAAGGGUCCUCAUGCAGCCUACGACGCAUGGAGUGAGCUCUUUGAGAAAGACCGGAUUGCGUUCAUCAUCUGUGCAGCGAAGAAGAUAUUCCGCCUACAGAGCGAACACGAUCCACCUGAAUCCAUCGUCCCGGACCAGAUCAUGGAUGGAGACCGGCACACGAGAAGUGACUGGCUUCACAGUAGGGCAGCCGAGAUUGUCGACCUCGCAUUCCAGGACGAAGCUGCUGCCACCAACAGGAUAGUUGAAGGUAUUGAGAGCUCUAGGUUCAAGUGUAGGCAAGAAGGCUGCAAUAAGUCGUACGUAAGACCAAGAGCUAGGGAACUCCACGAGCAGAGUAAGCAUAACCUUUAUGUACCCCGCAGUCAGAGUUCCGAGAAAUCUAAAGAGGAUGGCGUCAAAAACUACCAAGCUGCAAAGCUGAGCAUGGCACUUUUGAUUAAGAACCUCAAGGACGCAACGCGUGAAGGGGAUGGGGAAAGGGUAGCAAGGUGUCUCAAGAUGGCCCUCUUGUUCUUCCGAGCCUACGGUCACACUAAGUACGCUAUGGGUACGUUCCUCUUCUUUGUCAGAGUGGAAGCUUUGUUGCCAGCAAACCUUGCCCACAGCCUCAAGUGGAACAGGUUCAUCAACACUGCUGGUGGCAAGGGGAGGAACAUACCCUUGGACCUUAGGCUCGAGCAGAUGAACAAUCUUUUGAAGGCCUUCUUGAAACACCUUGGCCCUAACCUCAACGAAACAACUGCUGCCAGAAUUGCAGAUUGUAUUGGACAGUUGGAGGCCAUCCUCAAACGUAUUGAUUCGGACCUAGGUGUAACUCGGGCAAGAGGCUACCAUCACAAAGGUGAUCCCACUGAGGACAUCUUCAAGCUCGUGGAACAGUAUGAGCAAGCAAACGUGCUUGAGUAUCAGCCAGGCAGACAGUACAAUGCUUUCCCAGGUUUUCAGCGAGACCUACUGGCAAAGUUAAAUGUUAGCCAAAUGGCAUAUUGGAUGCAGUCUAAGUUGAAACACUGGAAGGCAUUGUAUGAGUAA